AUGGAAAGCGCAUCGGAAUACCUAAUUGGUUUUGUUUUGGGGAUGGAAAGAUUGAAGAUUGAGCUUCAGUCAAGGGGACUGAAAUGUGGAGGGACAUUGCAAGAGCGAGCUGAAAGGCUAUUCUUACUUAAAUCAACACCACUAGCCAAGAGAGGAGAAAUGAAGAGAAAGAAAAUUCUGGCCAAGAGAGAAGAAUGCUAG